UUAAUGCAGCCUUAAAGACAGCAUUAUAAAUCUCCUCCAUUUUCUGAAGCACAAACAUGUUUGUCGCGUCUGUGCUGUUCGCAGCCUCUGUGUGUGUAACACAGUGUCAUGUCAGCGGACAAACACUGAAUGCAGGACAAAACUCCGUCCAACAGGACGUUUACGGAGCAGAUUUCCCUUAUCGUCAUCGUCUUCGUCCUCUGUUUCACUGUCACGACACGAGUCCGUCUGCAAACGUCCCCACAUCAGUUGAAUUUGUAAAAGCUGCAGACGUAAAAGUCAUCGCUGCACUGGGAGACUCUUUAACUACAGCCUGUGGUGCUAACGGCUCCACAUUUGUUUCCAUACCAUAUGAAUAUCGUCAUAUGUCGUGGAGCAUCGGAGGACACAAAGAUGUCAUUACACUGGCAAACAUUUUCAAACUCUUCAAUCCCAAACUGCUGGGUCUGUCUCCGGUGAUGACGUUUUACGGUAACCCCACAACCGUCCGUGAGACCGGCUUCAACUUCGCCGUCACCGGCCACAACACGCUGAACAUCUUAAACCAGAUCGGAAACAUGAUUGACACUUUCAAGUCUUAUCCUGGUCUGAACUUCCGGGAGGACUGGAAGGUGGUGACGUUGCUGAUUGGCAUGAACGACAUUUGCGAUUAUUGUAAAAACAAGAAGCUGUUUUCCCCCGACAGCUUCGCUCACCACAUGACGGAGGCGCUGGACCUGAUGAUGAACGAGAUUCCCAGGACCAUCGUGAACGUGGUGCAGAUUCCUCCGAUGAAACCUCUGAGAAAAAUACACAAACCAAUUCUGGGCUGUUACCUUCGGAAGGUUUUCUGCUCUUGCUUGCUUAAACCCGAAGAGAACUCCCCUGAACUGCAGGAGCUGGUUGAGAUUAACUAUGAAUUUCAGAGACGUUUGGAGAAGCUUUUGCAGAGCGAUCGGUUCAUCAAGAAGGACUUUGCUGUUGUUCUGCAGCCCUUUUUGGAGAACACAGAACCACCAAGACUUCCUGACGGGACGGUUGACUUUAGCUUCUUUACAGCAGACUGCUUACACUUCAGCGUGAAGGGACACGAGGAGCUCGCCAAAGGACUGUGGAACAACAUGUUUCAGCCUGAUGGAGGGAAAGACAGGAUAAGGACAUUUUUAGAGCCGAUGAAACCCAUCUGUCCACCACCGGAGCAUCCUUACAUCUACACCAGACCCAGAGCGGCGUCAUUUACAGCCACGCUGAAACGCUUCGCCUUCACACUGAUGACACUCUUUUCGUCGCUUGACCCCUUUCACUCACCGUAGCUGUGAUCCUACGACAUAAAAACACUUGUUAUUUACAAUCAAGACAAAAAAAUAAACUGAAGUGGUACUGUAAUUCUCAUGUGAUUAAAGUGAAUAAAGCAUAAAA